CUCCCGCUGUCUGUUAUUUUCUGCAACAAGAUGGCUGUCGCUCCCGAGAGCAGGGUCCUUACUUUCAGCGUUUUUAAAUGGAGCUCUUACUCGUCUACAUAUUUACCUGAGAAUAUCUUGGUGGAUAAACCUAACGAUCAGUCUUCCAGGUGGUCAUCUGAGAGCAAUUACCCUCCACAGUUUUUAAUCUUGAAAUUGGAAAGGCCAGCAAUUGUUCAGAGCAUCACUUUUGGGAAAUAUGAGAAGACUCACGUGUGCAACCUCAAGAAGUUCAAAGUGUUUGGUGGGAUGAGCGAAGAAAACAUGACAGAGCUUUUGUCCAGUGGCCUUAAGAACGACUACAACAAGGAAACUUUCACCUUAAAGCACAAGAUCGACGAACAGAUGUUUCCCUGCAGAUUUGUAAAAAUAGUGCCUCUGAUGUCUUGGGGUCCGAGUUUUAACUUCAGCAUCUGGUACAUUGAGCUACACGGCAUUGAAGACCCUGAUGUGGUGCAACCCUGCCUUAACUGGUAUAGCAAGUACAGAGAACAGGAAGCCAUCCGCCUUUGCCUCAAGCACUUCCGACAGCAUAACUACACAGAGGCCUUUGAGUCACUGCAGAAGAAGACUCGGAUAGCGCUGGAGCACCCCAUGCUCACCCACCUGCAUGACCGACUGGUGCUGCAAGGAGACUUUGACGCCUGUGAGGAGCUCAUAGACAAAGCUGUGAGAGAUGGCUUGUUUAACCAGUAUAUCAGCCAGCAGGAGUACAAGCCCAGGUGGAGUCAGAUCAUCCCGAAAUGCAACAAAGGUACAAGCGCCCAAGAAAUCAACCGAGACGACAUGAACAGUGAUGGUGACGACAACAGGCCAGGGAUGAGGGGAGGACAUCAAAUGGUCAUUGACGUCCAAACUGAGACGGUGUACCUGUUUGGGGGCUGGGACGGCACACAGGACUUGGCAGACUUCUGGGCUUACAGUGUGCAAGAGAACCAAUGGGCCUGCAUCUCCAGAGACACAGAGAAAGAGAGUGGUCCAAGUGCUCGCUCAUGCCACAAGAUGUGCAUCGACUCGCAGCGGCGGCAGAUCUACACGCUAGGCCGCUACUUGGACUCCAGUGUCAGGAAUAGCAAGUCUCUAAAGAGCGAUUUCUACCGCUAUGAUAUCGACGCCAACACCUGGACGCUACUCAGCGAGGACACGUCAGCUGAUGGAGGGCCAAAGUUGGUGUUUGACCACCAGAUGUGCAUGGACUCAGAGAAACACAUGAUCUACACAUUCGGUGGUCGGAUCCUGACAUGUAAUGGAAGCGUGGAUGACAGCCGGACGUCAGAGCCACAGUUCAGUGGGCUGUACGCCUACCACUGCCAAGUGGGGACGUGGAGCCUCCUGCGGGAGGAUUCAUGCAAUGCUGGCCCAGAGGAUGUCCAGUCCCGAAUUGGUCACUGCAUGCUCUUCCAUACUAGGAACCGCUGUCUCUAUGUCUUUGGUGGUCAGAGGUCAAAGACGUACCUCAAUGAUUUCUUCAGUUACGAUGUGGACGGAGACCAUGUAGAGAUCAUAUCUGAUGGCACCAAGAAGGACUCAGGGAUGGUGCCGAUGACGGGCUUUACCCAGAGAGCCACCAUCGACCCUGAGCUUAAUGAGAUCCAUGUCCUGUCAGGCCUCAGCAAAGACAAGGACAAACGGGAAGAGAACGUGCGCAACUCUUUUUGGAUCUACGACAUCGCCCGCAACAACUGGUCUUGUGUGUAUAAGAAUGAUCAGGCAGUGAAAGAAAACCCAAGCAAGGCUCUGCAGGAGGAGGAGCCAUGUCCACGCUUUGCACACCAGCUGGUCUACGAUGAGAUGCACAAAGUGCAUUAUCUGUUUGGUGGAAACCCCGGAAAGUCUUGUUCUCCUAAGAUGCGCCUGGAUGACUUUUGGUCCCUCAAACUGUGUCGGCCCUCUAAGGAGUACCUGCUCCGCCACUGCAGAUACCUCAUCAGAAAAUACAGGUUUGAAGAAAAAGCCCAGUCAGAGCCACUGAGUGCACUGAAGUACCUCCAGAAUGACCUGUCACUCACUGUGGACCACACAGACCCAGAUGAGACAAAAGAGUUCCAGCUCCUGCCCUCUGCUCUCUUCAAGUCCAGCUCUGACUUCAUCCCUCUUGGUUUUUCAGACGUAGACCAGACAUAUGCUCAGCGGACACAGCUCUUCGAUACGCUCGUCAACUUCUUCCCAGACAGCAUGACUCCACCUAAGGGCAACUUGGUAGACCUCAUCACGCUCUAGCCCCUCCCACCCUGCCACCCGACCCACUGCACUAACUGAUCACACACCUGCGCACACCACGUGGAGACAGAGACCAGUUAUUUUUCUAUUCUUGAACCCCCCCCUGGUGGGAUUACACUUCAUCCACCUCCACCCCACUGAUCUGCUGCUAUCACAGGCUGCGUUACUAUGAUGAUGAGGGCAUCAAACACACACACAACAACACUGUCCUUGUUGAAUAUGUGAAAUUUUCACAGCAGCCUGAGGGAGGGGGGGUGUGAGGCUGGGUGUGUGUGUGUGUUUGCGCGUGUGCGUGCACAUGUGCUUUUUCUCUUUGUUCUCUUGCUGAUGAUUUGUUGGAGCAUGCCAAGUCCCUCUAAACAUCGCUUCACUUUUUUUU